UGUGUAACCUAAUUUGGUCUUUCUGGGCGUGGCUCUCUCACAGUCCUGGAAAGGAAGAGAAGCAGAGCACAGUCUGGGGAAGAUUUCUCACAUACCACACCGAUCUACUGCUAAAAAAAAGCUUGAUAACACAGAAAAACAGGCGGAAGAGUUUUCCCUGAAGACCAGAUUACAAGUCUCCCUGCACCAAUCAAAGAAAGGGAUUUAUGGUUUCCACUCUGCACGGCAUUGGACCAACAGCUUUGAUUAAAUCUUAUUGACAUUAGCUGACUUUGACAAAGUUGAAAGAAAUCAUCCAAAUCAUCCAUUUCCAAACAUGCCCUUGGUUGUGCUGCAGACCUCGCGCCUGAUGUGGGCCCGUCUGGCCGCGCUGGUGUUCACAUGUGUGGCAUUCAGCGUGGCCGCUCAUGGUGCACAUCUGGCUGGCGGCAUGUACGACUGGUGCAUGUUCUGCUGGGUUUUCAGCUUCAUCGGCACGCUGUUGGUGCUAAUUGUGGAGCUCCUGAGCCUUCAGUCGCGUACGCCUGUCUCGUGGACCAACUUUCCCAUCACACUGGCGUGCUACGCAGGUCUGCUCUGCCUUUCCGCUUCCGUCAUCUUCCCACUGUACUUCCUGAAGGGCUACUCUGGCUAUAACAAUGAGAUACGUGACUACAGGAUCGUCAGCACUGUUUUCUCCUGCCUGGCCACAGUGGCAUACCUAGUGGAGGUGAGCCUGACGCGGGCGCGCCCUGGUGAAGUGGCUGCCUAUAUGGCGACGGUGCCCGGCCUCCUGAAGGUCUGCGAGACAUUCGUAGCUAGUGUUAUUUUUGUGUUUAUCAGUAAUCCUAUGUCAUAUGAUCAUCACCCGGGAUUAAAGUGGUGCAUGGCUGUGUACUGUAUCUGCUUCAUCAUAUCCGCUGGCAUCGUGGUGAUGUGCGUCGGAGAGUGUACAGGCUUCCUUCCAUUCCCGUUUGCCCGUUUCCUGUCCGCUUAUGCCUUAUUGGCUGUUGCGAUGUACCUCUCUGCUACCAUCAUCUGGCCCGUGUUCCAGUUCGACAGCCAUUACAGAGGUCAGUCUCAGAGGCCCAGUGGAUGCCGUAACACUCAGGGUCUCUGCGAUUGGGAUAAACUGGUGAUCAUAGCCGUUCUGACAGGCCUUAACUUCCUGAUCUACGUAGCAGAUCUAGUGUACUCUGCACGACUCGUGUUUGUCCGUGCUUGAAAAGUCGAAAUGACAAGAAGAGCCAGUGAAUGUUUAAUCUUUUCACCAGGGAUGUUCCGAUAGUCAAUUUUCAUAUCAUGAAAUUUCCUCUAUAAAUCUAAAUGGAAUUGUGGGAUUAGAGUGGAAAUUUGGCCAAAAUAGGCAUAUACCCUAAAGAAAUUAAAAACAAGACAUUAAACGGUUAUUAAAAAUUAUACCUGCUUAUAAAUUUUAAUGAUAAAUUAAAUUUCAAUACGUUUCUCCAGUCAUGUCAGAAAGACACACACACACACACACACAUAUAUAUAUAUAUACACUAUAUUACCAAAAGUAUUCGGUCACCUGCCUUGACUCACAUAUGAACUUAAGUGCCAUCCCAUUCCUAACCCAUAGGGUUCCGUAUGAUGUCGGUCCACCUUUUGCAGCUAUUACAGCUUCAACUCUUCUGGGAAGGCUGUCCACAAGGUUGAGGAGUGUGUUUAUAGGAAUUUUUGACCAUUCUUCUAAAAGCGCAUUGGUGAGGUCACACACUGAUGUUGGUCGAGAAGGCCUGGCUCUCAGUCUCCGCUCUAAUUCAUCCCAAAGGUGUUCUAUCGGGUUCAGGUCAGGACUCUGUGCAGGCCAGUCAAGUUCAUCCACACCAGACUCUGUCAUCCAUGUCUUUAUGGACCUUGCUUUGUGCACUGGUGCACAGUCAUGUUGGAAGAGGAAGGGGCCCGCUCCAAACUGUUCCCACAAGGUUGGGAGCAUGGAAUUGUCCAAAAUGUUUUGGUAUCCUGAAGCAUUCAAAGUUCCUUUCACUGGAACUAAGGGGCCAAGCCCAACUCCUGAAAAACAACCCCACACCAUAAUUCCUCCUCCACCAAAUUUCACACUCGGCACAAUGCAGUCCGAAAUGUACCGUUCUCCUGGCAACCUCCAAACCCAGACUCGUCCAUCAGAUUGCCAGAUGGAAAAGCGUGAUUCAUCACUCCAGAGAACGCGUCUCCACUGCUCUAGAGUCCAGUGGCGGCGCUUUACACCACUGCAUCCGAGGCUUUGCAUUGCACUUGGUGAUGUGUGGCUUGGAUGCAGCUGCUCGGCCAUGGAAACCCAUUCCAUGAAGCUCUCUGCGUACUGUACUUGGGCUAAUCUGAAGGUCACAUGAAGUUUGGAGCUCUGUAGCAAUUGACUGUGAAGAAAGUUGACGACCUCUUUGCACUAUGCGCUUCAGCAUCCGCUGACCCCUCUCCGUCAGUUUACGUGGCCUACCACUUCGUGGCUGAGUUGCUGUUGUUCCCAAACUCUUCCAUUUUGUUAUGAUAAAUCUGACAGUUGACUGUGGAAUAUUUAGGAGCGAGGAAAUUUCACGACUGGAUUUGUUGCACAGGUGGCAUCCUAUGACAGUUCCACGCUGGAGUUCACUGAGCUCCUGAGAGCGGCCCAUUCUUUCAGAAAUGUUUGUAAAAACAGUCUGCAUGCCUAAGUGCUUGAUUUUAUACACCUGUGGCCAGGCCAAGUGAUUAGGACACCUGAUUCUGAUCAUUUGGAUGGGUGACCGAAUACUUUUGGUAAUAUAGUGUAUAUCAUUAAAUAACUGCUUCAAACUUGACUCCUUAUUAUUCAUUGUGAAGAGAAAACAUAUGUAGCUAAGCAAAACUAGUGAAUUAGCCAGCUAGCUUAGUGUUUUCAUUUAAACUAACUGCUAACUGCUGUAUGAAUCAACUUCACAAGUUGAGCAACGUGAAUUAGCUUACUUGUAUAGUGCAGCUUCAAUAUAUGAUGCUAGCAUUCUGCUAACACCAGCUGGUUAGCUUAUCUUGUUACUAGCGAGCCAUUAGGCUGUUAGCUAGCUACCUCUAGUAAGGUCAAUCACUCUUCAUUUGUAGUCCAAGUACAUUUGUGCCUUUUUUGUGACUUGCCAAUAUGAGUAAAAGAAAAGCAAGAUUCUUUCUCAGAUAUCAGUUAAGAUCUAGCUGGCUAGAAUUACCCAGCGAGAAUUUUCCUAAAGUACUUGAAAAAGUCAUGAUAAUUGGUUCACAAGCUAAUCCCCAGCACUCCUCCCUUCCUGAAUGUCAUUAUAUUUUCCAUGAUAAUGUUUCAAGAGUUGAAAUAUUGUGAUAUAUUGCAGAAUUGAUUAUCGGUGAAUGCCUGAUGUCUACCACUGUUGCCUUUAUGUGAAAGAUCCACAUGUUGAACUGUGCCUGUAUGUAUUUGUGCUGUUUUGAUGCGAAGUCUAUAUCUAUCUCAUUCAUAUGAUAUCUUUGCCUCACGAUGUUUGCUUUUUACACUGUUGCCUUUAUACUGUUUGCCUUUAUGAGAGAUUCACACACACUGCUGAGCUGAGACAGAAGCUGAACUGUACGUAUGAAUCCUGUAUCCAUUAUAUUCAUAUAAUCUUUAUCUGUACAAGUUACAUGCUUUAUACAGUAUUAAAUGACUGAAUUUGAAAUUUUGUUUUAAUCCAGUGCAUUACCCUGCCGGGAAAAAACCCCCAUUAGGAUUAGAAAUAUUUUAUGGUUUCCUUUAUGUAAUAGACUUUAAUGGGAAUUCAGUGAAUUUCAUCAUUUUCUUAAAGGUUUCCAUUUUGGGCUACUACUAAAUAACAGCAGAAACAUAUUGCGUCUUCCAUGCAUAAAUGAUCACCAUUAGAAUAAAAUUGGAUAAGCCAUCAGGAACCAUUAGAAACAACACCGUCCAUUAAGCUACCAUUACACACCACCAUAAACUCAUUCAAACCAUUUUUUUCCAGCAGGGUAGUAAAGCAGCGUCAACUGAAUAAUGUAGAAAUCCAGGAAGUAUGUGUGUUUUUUUAAGCAUAUCCAGACUUGAGUUUAAAGUCUCGUAUGUUUCAGUGUUAAGUGAAUAAAAAUGUCACAUGUUUGA